AUGUCGGCAGAUGGCAAAACCGUGACGCCCGUGGAUCAUGUUGCUCUCCGCAAGAACCUAGCUGAUCUUCGAAGUCAAAACCCAGAAGCGAUUGUCAUUAGCUUCGUAAAUGGCUAUCGUAAUGAUUCCCAUGAGAAAAUAGUCGCGGAAAUCGUUCGUGAUGUGUUCGGUCCGGAUAUCGAGGUCGUCUGCUCUGCCGAGGUUUUGCCCGAACUGGGAGAAUACGAACGCACAGUCACGGCCGCGGCAAAUGCUGUGGUCAAACCCCUGAUUCGCAAAUAUCUCCGAGGACUGGAGCACCUCCUCGAGGAAGACAGUGACACGAUCCGGAUCUUGAAGAGUGAUGGCGGCCUCACGAGUCUAGAUCUGGCGAGUGAGUUGCCAGUAAACCUUUUGAUGUCCGGUCCGGCAGGCGGCGUGCAGGGCGUCGUUGAUGUGAUAGCACAUAACACGCAGUACAAGAAUCUUAUCACACUCGAUAUGGGCGGUACAUCAACCGACUGUGCUCUCAUCAUAGAUAGCAAAGCAACUCUGCGUCGGGAAACGAUGGUCGACAAGCUGACAGUGCGUGCACCAUCCGUUGAUGUCAAGACGAUAGGCGCCGGUGGUGGCUCAAUCGCGAAAUUCGUUGAUUUGACGGCAACCAUGCGCGUCGGACCACAAAGUGCCGGGGCCGUCCCCGGGCCCGCUGCCUACGGCAAGGGUGGCAAGGAGCCAACAGUGACUGAUGCCAAUCUGGUCCUGGGCUAUUUACCUGAACGACUUCUCGGUGGAGAUUUCCAACUGGACGUGGACGCUGCAGUGGUUGCUGUCAAGACUAUUGCUGACCAAAUGGGUAUCUCGACCAAGAGGGCAGCUGAAGGUAUCAUCAAUCUGGUAAAUGAAACCAUGUAUGGCGCUCUCCGGAACGUUUCGGUUGAACAGGGCUACGAUCCCCGUGAUUUUGCUCUUGUAGCUUUUGGUGGAGCUGGACCACUUCAUGCAAAUGCCGUUGGGAGGCUCCUGGGUGCCUGGCCUGUUAUUAUUCCACCAGCUCCAGGUGUGCUUUGUGCCGAAGGAGAUGCCAUGACAAAGCUACGCCACGAGCAGUCUAUCUCUUACGUUAGACUACUUUCCCAGAUUACCCUGGACGACCUCGUGGAGGUGACUCGGCCCCUGGAGGAAGGUUGCACUUCAAAGUUGUUGGCUGCUCUUGCCGGCUCGUCACAGACCUCUCUUCGGCUCACAUAUGAGGUCGACUUACGAUUCAAGGGUCAAGCCCUCAACCUGACUAUCCCUUUCACACAACCUGAGAUGACCGCAGGCAUGGAAGAACUUGCUAAGACGCUCGCUCGUCGAUUCAAUGCCGCCCAUGAACAACAGUUCGGUUUUACCAUGCCAUCCUUAGAGCUCGAAGCAGUGAGGCUUGGAGUCGUGGCCACAGACUCUUCAGCUUCUGUCCAAUUAGCCCAGCUAAAGGAACAAUCAGAAGGCGUCGUACGCCCCCCAGAUUCUGCGGUUGUCAACCGUAAGGAUAUUGUUGUCGAUGGCAAGAAAGUAACGGCGACAUUCUGGGACCGAGCCCAGAUAUCAAUUCCUGGUUGCCGAGUGGACGGCCCCUGCGUAAUCUCUGAGAUGGACUCCAACACCCUCAUUCUCCCGGGCUUUUACGGAGAAAUUGAUCAUAUCGGUAAUAUCUUGAUCCGCCCCCUGGACGACGGCUCAUCUUCUACUGUAACAUCACACACUCCCGAGUCAGCAGCCUCGUUCAUCGCCCAGAACCCUGUUGUGCCUACACUAGUAUCAUCCGCCCUAGCUGCUAUACGGAAUGAAAUGGAUUCCUUGGUUCUCCGAGCAUCCAUGUCGCCUGGCAUCCGUGAGCAGCAGGACGAGUUCAACGUCGUCACUGAUCCGGCCGGCAAGAUGUUGGUCGGACAAUUUGGCAGUUUUAUCGGCGAGUUUUUGGCAAUGUGGAACAAUUCAGGUGGUACCAUAGAAGAGGGGGAUAUCUUCAUCACAAAUGACCCAUAUCAAGUUGAUGGAGCUAUAAGCCAUCUAUGCGAUGUCAUCAUUCUCUUGCCAAUCUUUUAUGAUCACAACCUGGUCGGUUGGAGCGCCAAUUUUGGACAUCUCUCGUAA